AUGCCAUCGCCAAACGGACGGGGUCACCGGGAUCAUUCGAUCUUUGACCUCCAUCAGAACAAGACAACUGCAUGGCCGAAUGGGAAGGGCGGCGGCCUCCAGUCAAAUAUCACAUUUGGCGCUCCCUGGUUCGACGGUCUUGGCACCCUGAACAACACGAAGUACAUUAUGGCGUACGCUUUAGCUCGGCAUCGUGGAACAAACUAUACAAAUAGCGUGGAGUUCAUCCAGCAUUCGCUGGAUACCAUGGGUCCCGACAAGUUGCAGGCUGUGGAGAUUGGCAACGAAGUCGACAUCUUUGCGGCUCAGAACUGGAGGAACGACUCUUACACGGCACAAAACUACGCCAAAGAAGCAAAGUCAAACAUGGAUCUGUUUGCAUCGAACAUCACCAAUCUUCCAGAAGGUAGGAUGUUUCAAAUAUUUGACCGAAGCUCUGAAAACGACAGAGCAAGAUGGAAGAUAAACAAGUUCUUGAACAAGACGGAGGGAAUAGUCGACUAUAGCAAAGUACAAUCUAUUGCAGCACAUUAUUACCAAGGAUACGCUGGCGAUGAUCUCCAGGACAUGUUACUGAAUCACAAAAAUACGGUCAAGAAGACCAAUGACUACUUCCUCCCCUUUGUCAAGGCGGCCAAGGACCAGAACUGGGACUUCAUCAUCGACGAAGUUGGCAGCGCCCUCGGAAGCUCCGAUGCCGGGAAGGACUACCAUCUGUCUGCAAGCUUGGGGUCGGCGAUAUGGACGGUGGACUGGAUGCUGCAUGCAAUGAGCAUUAACGUCACCCGAAUCAACAUGCAAAUGGGCCGGUCGUUCCCCUUCGCCGCCUGGCAGCCUGUGACUAUCAAGGGGACGCGGGCACAUGUGCUCGGAGGCUGGUAUGGGCAUGUGUUGGUGGCCGACUUCAUAGGCUCCGACACGACAUGCGCUCUACAAGUGAAAGAACUUGGCAGCGACAAUAAACACGUCACAGCGUAUGCCGGCUAUUCCAACGGAACGUUGGCCAAGGUGGUACUCCUGAACCAACAACUGUGGCUCCAGACUUUGAACACGACUCGCCCAUGCGAAACGGUGAACCUGGCCCUACCUGGACUGUCAGGCCAGAACGUAACGGUGAAGAAGUUGACUGGGCCAAGCGGAGGCGCAUUGAGAAACAUCACGUAUGCAGGUCUUGACUGGCCGCUGAGGACAAAGGGUAUAGAGGUACUGGUAAAGAACGACACGGAGACAAUGCAAGUUGAGGACGAGAGCUUAUCUCUAGACAUUGAGGCGACUCAGGCACUGUUGCUGUCCUGGUAA